UUUUUACUUUUUUUAUUAUCUUCCUUUGUUUCUCCAAAAUGGGAGGUGAAAAGCUCUGAUCUCAAAAUGCAUAACAGUAUAAAGGGGAUUAGCCAAACCUGAAAAAGAUUGGUUUUUUGGACAAAAGAAAAUCUGUUUCUGUUUGCAAGAUUUGAUUGAAAUUUUUGUAAUCUGAGGCCACUAGUGUGCCUAAUGUUAGUGAUGUUUAUGCAUUUUUUUCCGUGCAAGCAAAGUGUAUACAACGACCUGGUAUAAUAACUUUUGGGAAGUUGUGAAUCUCUGAUAGUCUGAUCCACAGGGUGAUUUGAGGAAUGAGAGCUGAAGAUAAUGGAUUUCUGGCCAGAGUUUCUUGCAAGCAGUUCAGGUAGAGAGUUUGUGGCAGGAGGGUUUGGAGGCACUGCUGGUAUUAUUUCUGGCUAUCCACUUGACACCCUUCGUAUCAGGCUUCAGAACUCCAAAAAUGGGUCUGCUUUCAACAUUCUCAGACAUACGGUGGCUUCUGAAGGACUAGCUUCUCUCUACCGUGGCAUGGCUGCACCAUUGGCCUCUGUUUCUUUUCAGAAUGCCAUUGUCUUCCAAACUUAUGCAGUUCUCUCAAGGGCAUUUGACUCAUCUGUUUCUGCUAAAGACCCUCCUUCCUACAAGGGUGUUGCAUUAGGAGGAAUCGGUACCGGGGCCAUCCAAAGCUUAUUUCUUUCUCCUGUUGAACUGAUCAAAAUUCGCCUUCAGCUGCAGGACAAAGGCAAGUUAACACAACCUGAAAAAGGUCCCGUAACGGUCGCCAAAAACAUAUGGAAAAAGGAGGGACUUCGUGGAAUCUACCGAGGACUCGGCAUCACCGUGAUGAGGGAUGUUCCUGCUCAUGGAUUGUACUUCUGGACAUAUGAAUACAUGAGAGAACUGCUUCAUCCAGGUUGCAGAAACGGCGCUCAAGAAAAUUUGAAUACCAUGCUAAUAGCGGGAGGAUCAGCCGGGGUAGCGAGCUGGGUUUGCUGUUACCCUUUUGAUGUUGUGAAGACAAGACUACAGGCUCAAACACCCUCUUCUCUGAGAUACAAAGGCGUUGUUGAUUGCUUCAGAAAGAGCGUUAGUGCAGAAGGAUACUCGGUGUUAUGGCGGGGUUUAGGAACUGCAGUUGCAAGGGCUUUCGUAGUGAAUGGUGCCAUAUUUGCUGCUUAUGAAAUUACAUUAAGAUUUCUGUUUAACAAUGGAAAUAUUCAAAUGCAGGAAACAAUUUAAUAGCGUGUGCUUAACAUUUGAGCACAAACUCUGCCAAACACACACCAAGAGAAUUACCAUUCAAGUAGCAGCUAUGCUAUAAACAAGUAAAAUUCAGCUUUCAUAAUUGAUAUUCAAUAGGUAUUGCCAAAUGUAAUUGACAGGUAUUUCAGACUUGAUAUACAUUACAUGAUCUGAUUACAAAACAUUGAGACUCAUUGGUUUCUUCAAGUUUUCAGUUUUCAUCAAAUAAAAGCAAGUUAAGAUAA